AACGACACAACAACACCAACAAUAACAUAAGCAUAGCAAAUGUGCAGCAUGCACGUUUUUUUAAUUGGUUAGAAAUGAUAAGCGUAGCAAUAACAUAACCAACCUGUCGUGCAUUGGGACACCUGUCAAGUCAAUAGCCAGGACACAGAAACAAAAUUAUCAGUUUGAAAUCAACGAAUGUGACAAAGUGUGCGAGUAAAUUAUCGUGGAGGACCAUUAAUAACAGUGAGCAGCCCCGUCCCCCAUUCAGCUGUUAUGCAAGCAGGGGGCAGACAAUUGAAUUAGCCGGCAUGCUGCUCAAUCGAUUUGUCUUGGCAAUAAAGACCCAGUCCCGGGAGACUCUGCGCGCCUGGAGCUAUCAGUGCGAGUCCAUCUUCGCCCAACGCUCUCGUCGCAUCCAGCAGUUGCUGACAUUCUAUCAGUCGGUCUACGGCACACAGGGUCUCAAGCAGCUAUGGCGCACCUACUACCGUCGAGAGCUCCAACCGCCCAUACGUGGAUUAAUGCUGAGUGCGGUGGGUCUCAUGGGAUUGAACAUAAAGCGGAUGGGCAGCGAUGGCUUCGACUGGAACAAGGAGCGCUUGGCACUCUCCAAUUUUGACAUGUGUCGCCGGGACAUUGAGUUCAUCAACACACUGCCAAAUAACCAGCUAUGUGAACGCUGCAAGGCAAAGAAAAUGAAAUACUGCUACUGUCAGCUGGGGAAUCAGAAGUGCCGGAAGAGCGGUGCAACAGUCCCGUCGACGAGCAAGCAGGGGCUGGGCCCGGACGCUGGUCCGGACACCGGCUCCAUACGAAACUGUCAUACACCCAUGGGGUUCGAUACUCGGGACGCGCCAGCGGGAGUGGUUCGGAUUCAGGCUCAGGACGACCACAAAUGGGAGCCGUACUUUAGUAAAAAUGAGUUUAGCAUAUGGAGGCGGGAGGAACGGUCCUCUUUGUACUCAUAUAAGGUAUAUGCGCGAUUUGAUGACAUCACAGCAGACGAUUUCCUCCAUGUGCAAACAGAUCUUGACUAUCGCCGGCAGUGGGACGACACGGCCCUUAGACUUGAGCUUAUAAGCGAGGAUCCCGUGCCGGGGAGCAAUUCGCAUUUGAUCUAUUGGGAAAUGCAGUGGCCUCGACUGUUUGCGAACCGGGAUUAUGUCUACUGUCGACGCUACAUCAAGGAUGAGACGCGGAAGAUGAUAUUCAUUUGCAAUCGGGGGGCCAAGCACAGCACAUAUCCAGACCUGUCCGGAAAGGUGAGGGUAACCGACUACUGGAGCCUUAUGGUUAUCAAGCCAUUUCGCGGAUUCCAAGAGCCUGGCCUGCAUUUCAUACUCACCUAUUACGAUGACCCUGGCAUACCCAUACCGCAGAACAUCAAGUCCUGGGUAACGCAGAAGCAAAUGCCCGAAUUUCUAACCAAAAUGUAUGUGGCCACAAAGAACUACUCCUGCACGCGUGCCCUCAAAAUGAAGGACAUGUUCAGCAACUUUAAUCUGAUCAACGAGGAGUACACGGCCAAUGCCCAGCGAGGCAGCUGGCUGGGCAGUCUGAGCCGGAGCAAGGUCCAAAGUCGCGAUGAUGAGACGAAGCGUUAAGUUAAGUUCGAUCUCCUCUUUGAUUCCCAUUCACAAUGCUCCUCCCCCUCCCUGCCCUUCAAAACAGACCCUUCGAUCCGUUCUCCUAUUUCUUGCGACCAUUUCAACCAUUUUGGCAAAAAAAAAAAAACCUAAAUCAAAUUUCAUAGAACACCACAGCGAAGCGAAUGUGCAAUAUACUAGAGUGUGCAUGCAAUUUGCCACCAUGAAAUGUGUGCCACAAGGAUAAGGCUUUAUAUAACUCUACAUAGCUAUUGAAUUCAAAAUAUAUUAAUAUAAGGUUAAAUAUUGUUUUAAAAGCAAAUAGAAACUAUUGAAAUUACACUUGUACAAUAAAAGAAUUGCAAAUAA